CCGUCUCCCCUUCGCCGACGACGAUACUGGGGAAGAGAAUAUAAAGGUAUAUACAGAGUAAAAAGGCGAACCAAAUCAUUUGAAUUCCGGCCGCUUUGCUUCUUCCGACGAUCCAAACGUCGAUUCUUUUGUUUCGUUAAUUUUGAGAUUUUACCGUGCAUUUAUCCAACUCCUCGAUCGGUUUCGUGCUGAAUCCCAAUCCGUUCUUCAGAAAUUUCGGGUUCUGGGUUUUGCUUUGGUCUGACUUGAUCUGGUACAGCUUAGGAUUUUGAACCUUUCUCCCAAUUGGAAUCGCUGCUAGGGUUUGGAAUCCCAUGGUGGAUCGGCGAUGGUGCGGUUUCUGGGAUUGAGGAGUUUUAGCCUCGAUCAGUCUCCGCGGGAGAUCACCCGCACGGGACCCGUCUCCGGCCGAGGUAACGGCGGUGCCGGCGGGGAGAACGGGUGGCUGAUUCGGUUCUUCGACUCGGCUUUCUUCUGCGAGUGGAUUGCGGUGAGCUAUCUUUACAAGCAUGACCAUGACGGUGUCCGAGACUAUCUUUGUAACAGGAUGUAUACUCUUCCGCUUAUGGGAAUCGAGAGCUACCUCUUCCAGAUCUGUUACAUGCUCGUCCACAAGCCGAGCCCUUCUCUUGACAGGUUCGUCAUUGAUACGUGUUCCAAGUCCCUCUGGAUCGCCCUUAAGGUGCACUGGUUUCUCAUGGCGGAGCUGGAGGACUCUGAAGACAACGAGGGGAUCGGCCUUGUCCAGGAGAAAUGCCAGAUUGCUGCUACUGUGAUGGGCGAGUGGCCACUCUUGGUUAAGCUUCAACCGGUCCCUCCUAGCACUCCAGCCAGCCCCAAGAGCAACCCAGUAUUGAAUAGGAUAUUUUCAUCUAAGCAGAAACUGUUGUCGUUGGCAUCAUCAUCAUCAUCACCAACAUCGGGUUCCAGUCCCUUGUUUGAGGGGAGCAAUCGGGUUGAUAGCAGCAGUGAUGCAAUUCCAGAGGAAAAUAAGCUGUUGAAAAAGCUUAUCAUGGGGUCAAAAAUGCGGGAUGCAUUUUUCUCUAGAAAGUCCUCCGAGAAGGAUGAGGAGGAAUCUGGAAAAGGUUUUUUUAAAAGGCUUCUUAGGGAUAGUAAUGACAAGGAAGAAGACACUGAUAAAGAUGGAUUUUUUCGCAGGUUUCUUAGAGAUAGCAAGGAUGAUGAUGGGGAGCUGACUUCAAGUUCAGAGGGUUUUCUGAAAAGAUUAUUUCGUGAUAAAGAAGAGAGGAUGGUGGAGGAUUAUGAAAAGGAAGGCUUUUUCCGUAGGAUGUUUAAAGACAAGAAUGAGGAGAAGAAACAUUCUGGAAUUAAUAAGAACCAAGAGGAAGAAAAGGCCAGUGAAAAUAUUGAGGUUGACGAGAAGGAAAACUUCUUUCGUCGACUUUUCAAAGAAAAGCAUGAAGAGAGGAAAGAUGCAAAUCGAGAGAGGAAUGUGGAGAAAGAAAAAUCUGAUGUAAUUGCUCAAGAAGAGGAGAAGGAGAGCUUUUUCGGUAAGAUUUUUACAGAUAAGAAUGACGAGAAGAAGGAUAUUAGGUAUGAUGUCAAUGAAGAGAAGGAAAAAGUCCAAAGGAAUUUGGAGGUAGAUGAUAAAGAUGGUUUCUUCCACAGGAUUUUUAAGGAAAAGAGUGAAGAAAAGAAAGAUGGUUCAUUUAAUAGGAAUGAGGAGGAAGAGAGGAAAAGCAUUGAGGAUGACAAUAUCUUUCGAAGACUUUUCAAGGACAAGAAUGAAGGGAAAAAGGUUGUUGGGAAUGAUAAUAAUGAGGAUGAUAAAGUAAAUGGAAGCAUCAAGGAAAGAGAAAGGGAAGGUUUCUUCCAUAGGCUUUUCAAGGAGAAGCAUGAUGACAAGAAAAUUGAAGGCCAUGAUAGAAAUGAGGAAGAUGGCAAGAGUAAUGAAAUUUUGGAAGAAGAGGGUACAUCUGAAAUUUUGUCAUUUCGUAGGUUAUUCCGCAUCCAUCCUGAAGAAUCAAAGGUUUCAAGUAUUAGUGAAAAUGGGACUUUUGAGAACAGUCCAGGAACAGAAAACUUUUUCAGACGGUUGUUUAAGGAUCGAGAUCGUUCUAUAGAAGAUUCUGAAUUACUCAGUGCAAAGAUCCGAAAGGAGAAGCACCCUGGUUCUCAGUAUAAUGAAAGAGGGCAUGACAAACCACCUUUACCUAAUAAUACAAUAGCAGAAAGUCGAAAGAGUUCUUACUAUGCUUCUUUGGAGUUUGUUCAGUUGUUAUCUGACACAUCUUAUGGACUAGUGGACAUAUACCCUAUUGAUGAUCGCAAAAUUGCUCUCCGAGAGUCUCUUACUGAGGUCAAUUCACAUGUUGCCGAGGCCCAAAAAUGUGGAGGUGUGUGUUUUCCCAUGGGAAAGGGAAUGUUCCGGGUGGUUAAUAUACCUUUGGAUGAAGCUGUUCUCCUUAAUUCUAGGGAGAAGGCACCUUACCUAAUAUGUGUUGAAGUCUUGAAAUGUGAAACACUCAGUCGUGCAAAGACAACUGAUGCUCAGAAGUUCUCAAGAGGAGGAAUUCCCUUAGCCAAUGGCGAUGCACAAUUACGAAUGCCUCCUCCAUGGGCAUACCCUUUGUGGAGUCAAAAUAAUACUUGUAAUUAUGAUUCUGAUGGAAUCUUAAAGUCAACUUCCAGAGCUAUUGACCAAGCAAUGGCUCGGUUAUGGGAAGCAAAAGUGAAAUAUGUCCAUGUUAGUUUGUCUCUUGAGAGUAAGAUUGUUCAGGAGAUUGACUCAGUAUGGAAGAUUCAACCAGAUACUCUUGAUGGGGAUGAUAGACGUGACAAGUCAAUUACAAUCGGUGAAAAAACCCCAGAGUGGAUUACUGUCAAUCUGUCUGCAAUCCCUGGGGUUAACAUGGAAGAUGUAGAGGAUCAGGAGCCUUCAGCUUCAAAAGAUCAUCGUCGUGUUCCUAGCACAACUGCUAUUGAGGAAGUAAAGGCUGCAGCAGCUAAGGGACAAACUGCUCCUGGGCUUCCUGUUAAUGUUGCUGGUCAGAAUUCCCAGGAUACAAAACCAAAGUUGAUGGAUGGUGUCAUUCGAAAACCUGGUGAUGCAUUGUCCGGUGAACUUUGGGAGAAGAAGAAAGAGCAAAUUCGGAGGUCAUCAGCAUUUGGAAAGUUACCUGGUUGGGAUUUACGUUCUAUAAUUGUGAAGAGUGGAGAUGACUGCCGACAGGAGCACCUAGCUGUACAACUAGUUUCACAUUUCUAUGAUAUAUACCAAGAGGCUGGUCUCCCACUGUGGUUAAGACCUUAUGAGGUUCUUGUUACAUCUUCUUAUACAGCACUAAUUGAGACUAUCCCUGAUACGGCCUCAAUUCAUUCAAUAAAGAGUAGAUUCCCUAAUAUCUCAAGUUUGCGUGACUUUUUCAUAGCUAAAUAUGGAGAAAAUUCAUCAAAUUUCAGGCUUGCACAGAGAAAUUUUGUUGAAAGCAUGGCAGGAUAUUCAAUACUAUGUUACCUGCUUCAGGUGAAAGAUAGGCACAAUGGUAACAUCUUAUUGGAUGAAGAAGGGCACAUUAUUCACAUUGAUUUUGGUUUUAUGCUAUCUAACUCUCCUGGCAGUGUAAAUUUUGAGAGUGCACCAUUUAAAUUAACUCGCGAGCUUCUCGAGGUGAUGGACUCUGAUGCUGAAGGAAAUCCUAGUGAGUUCUUCGACUAUUUUAAGGUUCUGUGUAUCCAAGGUUUUCUCACUUGCCGUAAGCAUGCUGAGCAUAUAAUUCUUCUUGUGGAGAUGUUGCAGGACUCUGGAUUCCCUUGCUUUAGGGGAGGAACUCGAACAAUUCAAAAUUUGAGGAAGAGAUUUAAUUUAAGCCUUACAGAAGAGCAAUGCGUCUCCUUGGUGCUUUCUUUGAUCAGUAGCAGCUUAGAUGCAUGGAGAACACGGCAAUAUGAUUAUUACCAGAGGGUACUUAAUGGAAUCUUAUGAGGUGCCGUGUCAAAGUAUUACAAUUUACAAUUUUUCCUCUCCCCAUCUACUUUUCAUAGAAGACUCACGAAACAUGCCAAACAAAGCAGUUUGUUAUUAGGGAUGAUCUUCACCAGGUGGGCUAACUACUAUCUGGGACUCUAUUGAAAUUUGUGAAUACCCUAGAAGAAAACUUCAAGCCUUUGUUGUAAAGAAAAUCUGAUGCUCGGCAUAAUCUAGUUUUAGAUGGAAAUCCAAGAUGGCUCUGGUGCCGGUUUUGUUUUAGUCGGUAUGAGACAUAUCUCCAUUUUGUCGUUGAUAUUAUAGUAGGGCAGUCAAGUUAGAGAUUGUAGAUCGGAGUGGAUUGUACAGAACCCCCUAAUCUGGCUAAGAGUAGUGGCAUUAGCAUCUCAGGUGAUUGGAGUGGUGCAUCAGCUUGAGAUUCAAGAAAUGACAGUUUUUUGUUCGUUGAAAUGGUUAUAUAGUAGACGCCAUUGCUUCAUAUUUUGUCAUAUUUUUGUAUUAUUAGACCACAGUUUUUCAUUGCAAAUCCGUUAGCAUCACAUUUUGAUGCAUGCAACAUAGUUUUUGUGAUAUUGUUUACCUUGUACAACAGGUCAUCUUGUUAUUUUCUAGUUGUAUUAGCAAGUUUUCUGAUUGAUGCUUAAA